UUGAUGGUGACACUCCAAUCCUUCCCUAUAUAUUCUCUUCAGAAACCUUCCUUCCAAGGCCAUUCUACACCUCUCUAUUUUCUGGGAAAAAGUUAAGGAGAACAAAAGUAGUAACAAAAAUCCCAAAAAAUUCCCACAAGGAAUUUCUUUUCCCAAUUCAUAGGCUAACCCUUUCCACAUACAACCAUCUUGUGAAUACUAAGAAGAAUGAAGUCACCACCAGUGGUAUUCACCAAACAAAAGACUAUGCUCCUCAAGUUCAUUGUUGUUUUAUUAGCUGGUUGCAGUAUUAAGAAAAGUAAUUUUUUCUGUAACUAUCCUUUUGCCACCCCUGAAGUCUCCCCUCAUUCAAGUUUCUCAGUGAUCCAUUCAUCACUCGAAGAGUUAAAACUAGAUGGGUAUCUUAACUUUACAAACAUUGACCAUGCAGCAAAGGACUUCGGAAAUAGAUAUCAUUUCCUUCCAUCAGCAGUAUUAUACCCUACGUCAGUUUCCGAUAUCUCUUCCACCAUAAAACUUAUUUAUGAUAUGGGUACCAGCUCAGAGAUAACCGUUGCUGCAAGAGGUCAUGGUCAUUCUCUACAAGGCCAGGCACAAGCUUAUCAAGGAAUAGUGAUCAACAUGGAAUCUCUUCGUGUACCAAGAAUGAGUUUCCAAGGUGGGGAAAAGCCUCAUGUUGAUGUGUCUGCUGGAGAACUUUGGAUAAAUGUCCUGCAUGAAAGUCUUAAAUACAAACUAGCACCAAAAUCAUGGACUGAUUAUCUUCAUCUAACAAUUGGGGGCACUUUAUCAAAUGCUGGAAUCAGUGGACAAGCGUUUCGUUAUGGACCACAGAUCAAUAAUGUUUAUAACCUUGAGGUAGUCACAGGAAAGGGAGAAGUAAUUACAUGCUCUGAGGAUCAGAAUGCUGACCUGUUUAAUGGUGUACUUGGAGGUCUAGGACAAUUUGGUAUCAUCACCCGAGCAAGGAUUGCUCUUGAACCAGCACCCAAGAUGGUUAAGUGGAUCAGAGUGCUGUAUUCAGAUUUUCCCACAUUUAUCAGUGACCAAGAACACCUGAUAUCAUCCGAGGAUUCUUUCGACUAUGUUGAAGGGUUGGUGAUAAUAAACAGAGAUGGUCUGCUAAAUAACUGGAGAUCUACUUUCAGUCCUAAAGAUCCAGUUCAAGCAAGCCAGUUCAAAUCUGAAGGAAGGACACUCUUCUGCUUAGAGGUUGCCAAAUACUUCAAUCCAGAAGAGGCUGAUACCAUGGAUCAGAAAAUUGACAGUCUUCUAUCAAAGUUGAACUACAUUCAUACCACACUCUUCCUUUCAGAGGUUUCUUAUGUGAACUUUCUGGAUAGGGUGCACAUCUCAGAGAUGAAACUCCGGGAAAAAGGGUUGUGGGACGUCCCUCAUCCAUGGCUAAAUCUACUUAUUCCGAAAAGCAAGAUUCAUGAAUUUGCUACAGAAGUUUUUGGAAACAUUCUUACAGACACCAGCCACGGACCCAUUCUCAUCUACCCACUCAAUAAAUCAAAGUGGAAAAAUGGGACAUCCCUGGUCACUCCUAAAGAGAAUGUUUUCUACAUUGUAGCAUUUUUAAAUUCUGCAAUACCAUCACCCGGAGGUAAAGAUGGAGUGGAAGACAUUCUAUCUCAAAACACGAAAAUUAUAAAUUUCUGCGAAAGGGCGAAGAUUGGGAUGAAACAGUACUUGCCCCAUUACAGCACUCAGGAGGAGUGGAAAGCCCAUUUUGGAAGCCAGUGGGAGGUGUUUGCUAAAAGGAAGUCCCUGUAUGACCCUCUCGCAAUCCUGGCUCCUGGUCACAGAAUUUUCAAAAGACUUGUAGCCCUUCAAUCACCAUAACGAUCGGCUUCGAUCAGAAAUAAUCACUUAAUAUGUAUACCUCUUCACAUACCUAGAUGGACACUGCUUCGAAAGUGUGUAUAAGUGGUGUGUACGGGCAGAGGUACCAAAUAAUAGAGUUAGAGAAAUAGUAAAGCAAAGCACUACGAAGUCAAUGCAUGUGUUGAUCAUCGUUGUUCUACCAUCUGGCACGAGAAUAAUGUCGUUAGAUUUGAAGAUUCAUUCAUUCCAAUUUCCAAGGGUUAAGUUGAAUCGUUCGUACCUUGAAAAAAGAAGAAAUUGCAUGGAUUCUGUACGUCCUGCUUUUCGCCUCGCCUCGCCUCGCGCCGCCCUUUCUGCGAAUAUGGAUGGAUUAUCGUUUAUCAAUGAUACGUGUAAGGAGAAUCAAUGAAGAGGAAGACACGUGUUGGUUACACCGCCAUGCCCGAGCCUUCAAUCACCACCGGUUAUUGCCGCUGGGAGGGGAUGCCCUGUAAAUCGUAUUCGGACUUCGAAGACGGGAACGAAUAUGGUUUUCUGGGGAAGGUAUAGUUUAGACUUUAGAGUGGUAACUGCGCUAAGUAUGA